CUACAGUAAAAAGGACAGACGUAUCGUCGCGCAGCCAUCGAACUGUCAAUCCGCACCGAUUAUGCGUCAUAAAAACAGAAAUCAUGCAGUUCCUCCACAACCCGCAGGAGUGUGGUUAGCACAGUUGUUGCACCGAGAGCGCAACAACCGACGUGUUUUCAUUUUUCGCCUCAUGUUGUUGUCUCAGUUUGUUUUUCACGUGUAGUGGUUGGUAAUGAAAUGACAGGACAUUGACAUUUCAUUUCACUAGUGGCGAUUGUUUUAUUUUGACACUAUCACUCGAAAACUAUGUAUAAUGGUGAGAGAUAACUGUAAUCUCGCAAUAGAAAGGAGUACACCGCUACAGGCGCCUGAAAUGCACACUUGAUUGGUCAAAAUGAGCGCCCCCGUACCCGCCCCCCGUUCCAACCCCCCGUCCGACCCCAAAAAGCCCGUCCCCACGCCCCGUAGGACCGCCAAACCCAAACCCGACCCCCCUGAAGAACACACAAACACUUUUUCCCGAAGAGUUCGCUCCCUCAGCAAUGCGUCCAGACAGAUCGCAGAGGAUAUUGGCGAACUGGUGCAAGACAAAAAGAAGGCUGUGAUUGAGGGGACCAGACAGAGCGUGCGGAAGAUCACUAAACGUUUUAAUUCGUACCAUUCGGAGGACACCCCCCAGAGCAAUGACCCCGAAGAGGACCAGUUUGAUGACACUUUUGACAUGUUCAGUUCGAUAAGUUUUGAGUCGCCUCUGAGUCGCGCGUCGAGUAUUUAUAAUAACGUCGACGAGGAGUUCAACGCGCCGCCCCCGGAUCACCCGCCGCCGCCGCUGCCCCAAGACUCCAUCUACGACGCGCCGCCGUCGGUUUCGGGGAGCACGAGCAACUCGGAGCAGAGCAAUGUGGGGAGUUACCCCCAGAAUUAUGAGAGUGUUUUUCCUAUUUAUUCGAAUAGUGAUUCGGACUUGUCCAGGUCGGGCUCGUGGAAGUUUUACGACCCGGUUACUAAAGUCGAGAAUAUUUAUAACGACGUGGACGCCCCCAGUAGGGGCGACGGUUGCGAUGUGAAUUCGAAUUUGAGGGACUUUUCGGUUGUGGUUCGGAACUCUAUUUAUGAAGAGCACAAGCUUAUGGUGAAGCUGCAGGAGGAGAAGAAUUUGAAGUGCAGGGAGAGCGUGAUUUUGCAGUUUGAUCCGCUGAAAACCCCGCCGGCGAAUGAGGGAAUAUCAGCCCCCAGGGACUCAGAGAGACAGUAUACCACAACUUUCAGUCCACUCUUCAAUGCAUCUGAAAAACAACCAAUGCAGUCCGCCCUCCCCUCCGAAGACAUCAAACUCCUCGAGGACUUCUUCAAUGGUGACAUGUACGGCACCCUCUCCGUGGGCAAGACCCUCGACGAUUGGAGCAUAUCGAACGAUUCCGAGCCCGAAGAAUUCAUAACGCCUCCGACGCCCCCCGUCCGCGUCGACUCUUUACCGGAAGAAGAACAACACCCCCUUCAGAACACCCCUAAAGAAAAGCCCAAAACUCAGUGGUUCACGUCGAACGAAGUCGCCAAAGACAACACCACCGAAGCCAAGAAACUGGGAGUCUGGCUGAAGAAGCAGUGGAAGGGCGCGCUGGAAAAAGCGCCCGAUGUGGUGAAAGGGAUCAAAAAUAGGGACGCGGUGGUCCAGAGACCGGAACUGGAAGUGAAGAGCUUCGUGCAUAAGAAGGGGAUGCUGUAUAAGGUGCAGAGCGGGCCGGUGGAGGAUUUGUUCGGGGAGUAUAGCGGGAGGUGGUGCAUUCUGCAGAAUUCCAAUUUUAUCUGUUAUUCGGAUAAUACUUGCGAUUCGAUUAAGGAGCAUUUUCCGGCGGAGAGCAUUUUGAGUGUGCAGAUUCUGCAGGAUCCGAAGUUCAAGUACAAAUACGACAAUGACGACCUUCACUGCUUCGAACUCAACACGACAGGAAAGAGCAGAGGCGGUCAUGUUUAUGGUACACGUGAUAUCGCGGAGCGGCGAGUGUGGAUGCGAUGCAUCGCGGAAAGCCUGACCAAGAAAUUUCCGGCGAAAAUCAGCACGGAGUAUACCAGGAUGGGGUGGGCGUACCUCAGAGAAGGAGUCAGUGGUCGAUGGGUCGGCGCCUGGUUGAUGUUAGCCGGUCGAACCCUAUACUACGCAAUCGACAAUCAAUCCACCAAGAACCUAGACCUCCGACAAGUUCGUUGCAUGCUUCUCCAAGUCUACCAAGAGAGCGAUAACAACCCGCGUACCAACGAUAAGGGUCCCAACAUCGUCGUCGACACACCUAAUGUCACCCUAUACUUGCGCAUGUGGACAUCCAGAGAAACCAAGGUCUGGUGCCACAUUGUCAAGUUGGCGGCUCACAAUAACGGGGCCUACUUGGAUCAGCAGCAGCUGACUAAGAACGAAAUCCCGGUUUUGGUGGAGAAGUGCAUCAACUUUAUUUAUACUCAUGGUAGUAUGUCCGAGGGGAUUUAUAGGCGUCCGGGGACUAACACGUCGGUGGCUGAAAUUUUGACCAAGUUUCGUAAAGACGCCUGGGCUGUGCAGUUGACCGUUGAUAAGUCCACCGAACACGAUGUUGCCACAGCGCUGAAGAGGUUCUUCAGGGAUUUGCCAGAGCCGGUGUUGAGUAGUACCCAGCGCCAGUAUUUGCAUCAAGUAUCGAUGGUCAAGAACAAAGAAGAGCGAAUUAGAAUGUACAAAGCCUCCCUAGACCAGCUCCCCCCGAUAUCGUACAAAACGGCGAAAAAAUUAUUCAGUCACCUCCACUUCAUCGCGUCACAAAGCAACAAAAAUCUAAUGACUGCUGAAAACUUGGCCGCAGUGUGGGGGCCAAGCUUGAUGCACCAAGAGGAGAAAGACAACUCGGUUUCCAACAGCAAGCAUCUACAAAACGUGAUCGUCGUGAAACAGCUCCUGGAAAUGUACCGCGAUAUCUUCCCCGAAGACCCCACGGAAAUCGAAAAGGAGAAAAUUAUGCUGCAGGUGUUGGAAAAGCACAGUCAAGGGCCACAAUCUGGUAUUAAUUCCAAAGGCGCUGGUGAUUUUCGGGUGUGGAUUUAUUUGCACAAUAAGGAGGGACAGCCGGUCAAUAUUGCGGUUGGACCUAACAAGACUGCGUAUGACGUUUGUGUGGAGUUAAGUCCGAAGAUAAACAUGCCUGUGCACGAGUUGAUUCUAGAGGAGGUGGUUUUGAAUGAGAAGUUGCAACGACCUGUACAUUUCUCAGAGAAGGUUCUCGACAUAGUCCUCAGAUGGAGCUACUGGGACGAACCCGACCGCAAAGACAACCACUUAGUCCUCCUCCCGUACACAAAAUAUUCCGACUUCGUCGUCGACAAAAACACCCCGUUAUCAGCCGACCUGAAAUUCUCCGACAACCGUUCCAGAGGUUUCAAACUUUACACAUUCGAAUUUUCGCAAGCCAAACUCAACUGCUACAAAGACCGAACAUGCGACGAAAAACUCUUCAGUUACAACGUGGAAGACAUACUGUGGUACUUGGGCAACGAGUCGAAACGCAACCCCCAAUCACGAUGGACGAUCACCUUCAUAGAGACCAAAAUACACCCACAACGCACCAAAAGUUGCCCCUAUUUCGGGAAUGUGAUAAUUUGGGGCGAUCCUCACACCAGAGCGAAAUGGCUAGGCGCCAUGCUCAGGGCUAGAUUUAGAGAAAGUCUGAAGCAACCCGCAAUGCACGUCAAUUUGAUGGCGAAUUAGUUAAGUCGUAACUAUACUUAAGUCUUAUUUACGUCAUCUAGACUUAAUUGGCACCUACAAUGUAGGUGGCGAGCAGUGUUACCAACAGGAAAUAGUGCAUUUAUCCGUUAGUGCAAUUUACUUACUUUUUACUUAAACUGCACGUGAUGUAGUAGUAUCCCUUCCACGUAUUAUAUACGCUUUUAUGAGUACGGUUUGGCGCUGAUUGAUGUAUAUUUUUUUUAAACGGAAUGUUUUUUAAAAAUGUGGAGGUCACUUUGAAAAAAGCAAGAACGAUCGUCUGUGAUAUAGAAAAGAUCAGCUGUGACCUUGGAUUGCCUUAUACGAAAUUUUAAUAAGCGGAGAUCAGUGUUUGUUGUAUAUUUUUUAUUUUAUUAUCAUGGUACUAGCGCCACCUAUUGAUUUUGGUUCUAACACAUUGCGUCAGCUAUUCGUUGCUAAGCAUAAUUUUAUCUGGCAAUGUAGCAACAACAUGUCACGUGUGCCACAUGUAUUAGUAGAACAAAAAGUGGACUAAAUUGUUUAUGCACAAGUGUGCUGUCAUAAAACUACAAAAAAAAAAAUGUAAAAAAUGAAAACAAUGCAACUUAGUAGCGUAUUCUUUUGCAAUACUAUGUACAAAAGUUAGUCUUAGCCAUUCCUUUCUGUUAGUCUUGCCACAACGGCUGACCCCUUCUAUGCCAUUUUUAACCAUUGUGAUCGUUUAAUUGUACUUGUAAGGAUAUACACUGUGAAAACUCUUAUGAUUUAUUUAAAUUUUUUACAUAAACAAA